ACCAGGAGCGUCAGGGUGCAGGGGGCCGGGCCCUGAGCGCGCACCAUGAACUCGUGGGACGCGGGCUUGGCGGCGCUGCUGGCGAGCACCAUGGGGGUCUCGCUGCUGUCCAACACGCUGGUGCUGCUGUGCCUGGUGACCAGCGCGGACAUCCGUCGCCAGGCGCCCGCCCUCUUCACCCUCAACCUCACGUGCGGCAACCUGCUGUGCACCGUGGUCAACAUGCCCCUGACGCUGGCCGGCGUGGUGGCGCAGCGGCCGCCGGCGGGCGACCGCCUGUGCCGCCUGGCCGCCUUCCUCGACACCUUCCUGGCCACCAACGCCAUGCUCAGCAUGGCCGCGCUCAGCCUGGACCGCUGGGUGGCCGUGGUCUUCCCGCUCAGCUACCGCGCCAAGAUGCGCCUCCGCGACGCGGCCCUGCUGGUGGCCUACACGUGGCUGCACGCGCUGGCCUUCCCCGCCGCCGCGCUGGCCCUGUCCUGGCUCGGCUUCCACCCGCUCUACGCGUCGUGCACGCUGCGCAGCCAGCGGCCCGACGAGCGCCUGCGCUUCGCCGUCUUCACCGCCACCUUCCACGCGCUCAGCUUCCUGCUCUCGCUCGUCGUGCUCUGCUGCACCUACCUCAAGGUGCUCCGGGUGGCCCGUUUCCACUGCAAGCGCAUCGAGGUCAUCACCAUGCAGACACUCGUGCUGCUCGUGGACAUUCACCCCAGCGUGCGUGAGCGCUGCCUGGAGGAGCAGAAGCGGCGGCGGCAACGUGCCACCAAGAAGAUCAGCAUCUUCAUAGGCACCUUUGUGCUCUGCUUUGCACCCUACGUUAUCACCAGGCUGGUGGAGCUCUCGGCCUCAGUGCCCAUUGGCCCUCACUGGGGGGUCCUGUCCAAGUGCUUGGCCUAUAGCAAAGCCGCCUCUGACCCCUUCGUCUACUCCUUGCUGCGGCAUCAGUACCGAAAGAGCUGCCGGGAAAUUCUCAACCGUAUCCUGCACCGGCGGUCACUACGUUCCUCGGGCUUCAGGGCCGCUGCCUCUCACAGCCAGAGCAUCCUACCAGGGUCAGAGUGAGUGUCCAGGACUGCUGGUGGGAGGAACACAGGGAACUGGCCACCAGCUAAACAGCCAGAGCCCCCAAUUGUCAGUUUGUGGGGACCCUUUAGCCCACUUCCUGUUUCUACAGCAUCCAUGGUGGACUGUCCCUGGGGCUACCAAAGACUACUUUGAGCUCUCGGACUUACCAGAGGCCCAGAGACAAUCUGUGUCCUGAUGACAGUGCACAGGGAUCAUGGCAGGGGUGCUUCAGUACUACUGUUGAUGCCCCUCUGGACAUGGGGCUACAGGUGGAACCACUGGUCCUUGAGACAUUAGUCAGCAGCAAUGGAAGAAAUUGGCGUGUAGCCCUGUCCAACCGGACCCCUUCUCCCCAAAUACUCUCCAGCUGGUAUGGAGCCACUGCACUCUGCUGUCCUCUGGGUCUUUAUGUUCCUGAAUCAGGGAGUGACCAGUGGCUGCCGACCCAUUGUCUUAGAAAUGGUUUUAUUUUGGGUCAGAGCAAUAGCACAGCUACUAGGGUGCUUGUCUUGCACACGGCCAGCCUGGGUUUGAUCCCAAGGUCUCCCAAGUGAUUCCUGAGUGCAGAGCCAGAAGUAAUCUCUAAGCAUUACCUAAGUAUCAUCGUGCACGGCCCAAAAUCUAAAAAAA